UCCCCAAUCCCAUUCCCGGCUCCCAGUCCCCUCGCUCCCGGUGCCUCCAGGCUCCUCCCGCGCCGCUCCCGGCAGGAAGCGGCCGGAUCCAGCCGUGCCGGGGCCGCCGCCCGCCGCCCGCGCUGCCUCCGCCGCGGGCCCGCUCCGGCUCCGCAGAGAGAAUCCUCCCGCCAGGAUUCCCGCUCCUGCUCCCUCAUCCCGGCUUCUCUCGUGCCAAGGAUGCCCUUCCCGCUGCUCAUCCUGGCGCUGGGCCUGGCAGGUGCCAUGGAGAUCCAGGUACCAGAGGAACCCGUGGUGGCCCUGUUUGGCCAGGACGCCACCUUGCUCUGCUCCUUCUCCCCCGAGGCCAACUUCAGCGUGGCGGAGCUGAGCCUGAUCUGGCAGCUGACGGACACCAAGCGCCUGGUGCACGGCUUCUCCGGGGGCCGUGACCUCCUGCAGGACCAGGGCCGGGGCUACGCCAACCGCACGGCGCUCUUCUACGACCAGCUGGCCCUGGGCAACGUGUCCCUGCUGCUGCGCCGCGUGCGCAUCGCCGACGAGGGCAGCUUCACCUGCUUCGUGCGCGUGCGCGACUACGACAGCGCCGCCCUCACGCUGCAGGUGGCGGCUCCCUACUCUAAGCCCAGUGUGCACCUGGAGCCCAGCAAGGACCUGAAGCCGGGCGACGUGGCCGUGGUGACGUGCCACACGUCCGGCGGCUACCCCGAGGCCAGCGUGCUGUGGCAGGACGGCCACGGUGCCAACCUGACCGCCAACGUCACCACGUGGCAGGUGGCCAACGAGGAGGGGCUGUUCGAGGUGCGCAGCGUCCUGCGGGUGCUGCUGGAGCCCGGCGUCACCUACUCCUGCCUGGUGCUCAACACCGCGCUGCGCCAGCACGGCCACGCCUCCGUCACCAUCACGGGCCAGCCCCAGGCGUUCCCGGCGGUGGCGCUGUGGGUGACAGUGGCCCUGGCCGUGUGCGUGGUGGCCCUGCUGGCCGUGCUGGCCUUCGUGUGCCACCAGAAGGUCCGCGAGAGCUGCCGGGAGGACGCGGCGGUGGCAGGGCCAGAGGAGCGGGAUGAGGAGGGGGAGGAGCCCAAGACAGCUCUGCAGCUGCUGGAAAACACGGAGAGCAGAGAGGGUCGGGAGCAGGAGAUCGAUUGACGGCAGCGGGGCCCGGAGCCCGGCCCCGCCCACGUGUCCCCGAGGAGGUGACACCCCCGGGACAGUGACACCCCCGGGGUGGUGACACUGCUGGGGUGGUGGCACCUCCAGGACAGUGACGCCUCCUGGGGCAGUGACACCCCCAGGGCAGUGACACCUCCAGGGUGGUGACACCUCCAGUCCAAUGGCACCCCUAGGAUGGUGACACCUCCAGGACAGUGACAGCUCCAGGCUGGUGACACCUCCAGGGUGGUGACACCUCCAGUCUGGUGGCACCCCCAGUCCGGUGACACCCCUGGAGUGCCCCGGAGGGAGGACCCAGUUCUGCCGUCCCCAAUCCCAUUCCCGUUCCUCGCCUCCCAUCCUUCCCAGGAAAGGUGGGGUGAGGAUCUGUCCGGUGUCCCCUUGUCCCUCCGCGUGUCCCGGUGUCCAUCCCGGGGGGACAUUCCCCGUUCCCUGCUCCGAGGCCGCUCCGGGGGGCUCCGGGAGCCCUUUCCCCACACUCCUUCUCCCGCUCUGGACGUCCCUCCGGGCUCCUCCUGGCCUUAAACGCCAGAUCCCGGCGGGUCCGAACGAUCCCGGGCCGAUUUUGGGAAGGGGGCACCCGCUGGCCGGGUGAGGUCCUGCUGUGGGGACACUCUGGGGACAUCCCCAGCUCGUCAUUCCCGUGGGAUUGGGGGCUCUGGGCGCUGCCGGAGCGUCCCCAGAAGGCCCCGCGGGCUCCUUGGGUCGAGUCCUUCUUCAGGAUCCGGGAUCGGGACGGUUCCUCGUGCCUUGACAAAUAAAUUCGGGAUCGUGUUGGUCGA